AUGGCCCGAUCCAACGUGUUCGCGGUCAUUGUGAUACUCAUCUCUGUGUUGGAGCUGCCCUUCGCGGUCGCUCAGAAUUCCUGUGGUACGGAUCAAAAUCCAUACUGCGCGGGCGACAGCACAUUUGAACAGUUAUGCUGUCCUUAUCCCGACGUUUGUUACUGGCAAAACCGUAAUGGUGAUCCAGGUUGCUGCCCAGCUGGUCAAGUCUGUGAUGGCUCCUCGCCUUAUUACACCUCAACCCUCCAGCCAACGCCCACCCUGCAAACAACUACAAUCCAUCCAUCUACCAUUACGGUAACGCCGACUCCUGCCCCUCCGCCACCGACCACUGUUGUUACGGGCGGAGGGGUCAUCAUAAUCACUGCUAGUCCCAACGGCGGUUCUACUGUUACCGUGACUUCUGUUCCCAACAUCGGUUCUACUGUCACCAUUACUACCCACCCGAACAGCGUCAGCACCAUAACCACCAUCUAUAGCAGCCCUUGUGGCGGUGGUGUAUGCUCGACUGUGACCUCUGGAGUGGUUGGCGUCUACUCGACCGUGACUUCAGUGAUUGGCGGAGCAUUCUCUACGGUUACUUCUGGUGCUGCCAGCGCAUUUUCCACCGUGUCUGGAGUCUUGGUUGGUUCCAAUGAUGCUGCGAGGAUGAGCCCUACCUCGAUGUUCCUGCACUUCGUGGCUACUUUGUUUGCGCUCGUGGGCAACUUGCUCGGAUGA